UCUUUUACUUUUCAUUUUUCCUUGCAUUAAAACGCAGAACUCAUCGUCGUUUAGGUUGCUUAUGUGAUCUGUUCCUUCCUCCCUCACCGUCUUCUCCCAAAUUAUAAAACCGGACAACGGAGUUGUAUCUUCGGCUCCUCACGUCCACCACGUCCACCUCCGCCGCCGCAUUCAUCAUAACCGGAAAAUAACAAAGCUUGUCUCGAGGCAAAUGAACGGCGGUGAUUCAAAUGAGGACACAGAGGAACGGCGACAAGUGAUGAGCGAGGUCCAUCUGGGAUGUCCACCUGGCAUCUAUGGGCCCCAUAUUUCCCGCUUCACCAUUUCUGUGCCUUCUGAAGUUGAAUCCAGCAGAUUCAAUGAACUGUUCAAAGACGAAGAAUCUUGUACGGAACAAGGCAUUGGCUUUGAUGAAGAUGGCGACCUUCUUUUACCAAGACGACGCCAGGUUUCUCGGCGUUGUUUCACUAUGAAAAUCCAGCACAACAUCACUUCAUCCAUUCCUAGUGUUGGUUUGCAGGUGUGGAAAGCUGAACUAGUUUUAUCGGAUUUUGUGUUACAUAAGAUGUGCACUUCAACUGUGUUCGAUGGCAUUGUCUCAUUAGAGCUUGGUGCUGGAACAGGACUGGCAGGCUUGUUGCUUGCACGUGUUGCUGAGAUGGUGUUCUUAACAGAUCAUGGUGAUAAAAUCCUGGAUAACUGUGUUAAGAACAUUCAACUUAAUUCUGGAGUCCUCAAUCAUCAAGGCGUAGUUUAUGUGCGUGAACUUGAUUGGGCGCACCCCUGGCCUCCUAAAGUUAGCUUGGACCUUGCAUCUCAAGAAAGGUUUUCAUGGAGCUCCUCCGAAGUUGAAGAAGUCCAGAAAGCUUCUCUGCUUUUAGCUGCUGAUGUUAUUUACAGUGAUGAUCUGACAGAUGCAUUGUUUGGUAUUUUAGAGAGAUUAAUGUCACAAGGCUCGGGAAAGGUGUUAUACUUGGCACUGGAAAAGCGCUACAACUUCAGUCUUGAUGAUCUUGAUGUUGUAGCAAAUGGUUAUUCGCACUUCAGAAGUUACUUGAGGGAGGGUGACAAAUGUGAAGGCCUUGAACCUGGUUCCUUUCCUUGUUUUAGGGGUCUACGUAUUAAUGUUGCUGAAAUUCCACAGUAUGUGGGGGAAUAUGACAGGGGCAAGGAUGUCGAGCUUUGGCAGAUUAGAUACAAUAAAGGAAAGGUGUUGAAGUUUGGACUUUCCUUUCAGAUUCCAGUGCCAGAACCUGGCAGGCAAGCAUGUCUUAACCUUUUCGUAGCCAAGUAGAAAUCAUGAUUUAAGAACAUAAAACUGAAUAAAAGUGGAAACAGGGGGACAUUGGAGAUUAAACCAAAUUCAAGGCAAUUAAAAAAUGUUUUUUCUUUUUUCUUGUACUCUUGUUCCCCUGAUCGAAGAUGCCGACUAUUGUCAUGUAGCGUAAAGGAUCAAGCUGUUGCGGUAGGCCCCAAUCCCAUCCCCCAGAUUCUUGGAAAUGCAAUCCAUAAAUUUUGUGCUUGCCUGACUUCCAAUCUCAUAGCCAAAUGACCUUGUAUUUUUUUUUUUUAUAAACACUAGUAGGUUUUACUGUACUUUUGUGUUGCAGAUCUUUAAUU